GCUCGCCAUAAGGUGGCUAUUAUCAUCCCAUUUCGUGAUCGACAAAGUCACCUAACGCGGCUUCUUGAUUUCCUCAUUCCUAUCCUUCAGAGACAGCGCUUGGACUUUCGAUUCAUUGUUACAGAACAGUAUGGAAACGACCUUUUCAACAAAGGACGCAUAAUGAACGCGGCAUUUCGCUUCGCAGAGACGCUGGGUGUUGAUUGUGUCAUUUUCCACGACGUCGAUAUGUUUCCACAAGACGACCGUAACCCGUAUUCCUGUCCUCCAUCGCCAAGGCAUAUGGGAGCUUUCGUUAGCAAUCUAGGAUAUCAGUUAGUUUUUCUUGUUUUUAUUUUUUUUUGCAAAUAUACUGAUUGA